CAGAGCAGUCUGAGGCCGCAGGGGCAUGCCCGCCAGCUGGCAGAGGCUGCUGCCCCCACCCAGGCCGGCUGACGGAAGUGCUGUUUCUCCCCUGAUAGGACAAGAAUGACCCAGCCGAUCGGCAAGAGGCCAAGAGGAGCUCCCAGCUGCCUUCCCCUCCACUUAGCACGGGUGACAUUGGGACAUACCCACUGACCUCUCUUCCUUCCUCCUCUGGAUGAGCCAUGAAGGGACGUGACAAUGAGGAAGUCAUCCUUGUAUGAACACACGCCACCGGAAAUGGCAUCGUCUCCCCUGACGCUGCUCACACAUGUGAAUGUGCUAGCAGCAUCCAGACGUGAGUGUAUUUGCCUUGUAGCCCACGCUCUGGGCUCUCUCCUCGACCUGGUGCUCUGACCCACAGCUGAGAAGGGAGUCUCUAGGAAAGAGAUGUAGAAUCAACGGAGAGGUACAUUUUUAAAUCGCCAGUUACUUUAAUGAGGACCUCCUGGAGCAAAGAGUCUGAGGCACUAGAGGACGAGCUACCUGAGCUGGGGACUACCUUCGAGCCGAGGACCACCUACGUCUGAGGAGCUAUCUGCAGACCCACCCACGUGCAAAGGAAGGAGCUAGGCCACUUGACCUGGGCAUCAUGGCCCACCUGCAGUCCUUGGAAGUGCAGCAGCUGCUCCACAACAAGUUUGUCGUCAUCCUGGGAGACUCUGUCCAGAGGUCUGUGUACAAGGACCUGGUGCUCCUGCUGCAAAAGGAUGACCUGCUUACUUACAAGCAGCUCAAGGUCAAGGGGGAGCUGAGCUUCGAACAGGACAAGCUGGUGAAUGGAGGCCAGAAGGCUGCCAUGCACAACGGCACCAACUACCGUGAAGUCCGGGAGUUCUGCACCAGCCACCAUCUGGUGCGCUUCUACUUCCUCACACGUGUGUACAACAGCUAUGUCCAGGGCAUCUUGAAAGAGCUGCAGUCUAGUGAGCACUCGCCAGACGUGGUCAUCAUUAACUCCUGUCUCUGGGACAUCUCCAGGUAUGGGAAGGACUCCUUUAGCAGCUACCGGAAGAACCUGGAGAACCUGUUCAGGCACCUGGUCGAGGUGCUGCCUGAGUCAUGCCUCCUAGUGUGGAACACGGCCAUGCCCGUGGGUGAGAAGAUCACCGGGGGCUUCCUCCCAAGGAAGCAGUCAUCCUUGUCCUUGGGCCUGAAAAAAAAGGUGAUUGAAGCCAACUUCUACAGCUUUGUCGAGGCACAGAAGCACAAUUUUGAUGUGUUGGACUUGCACUUCCACUUUCGCCAUGCAGAAGUGCACCGGCAGGGAGACGGGGUCCAUUGGAACCAAUGGGCGCACCGACACCUCUCCCAGCUGCUGUUGGCCCACAUGGCUGAUGCCUGGGGUGUGGACCUGCCCUGCCGCCAACCUGUGGGCCAGUUGAUCAGGAGUCGACCUGAACAGGAGGUUGAGAGACAGUCCCAGACCAGCAGGAAACGACAGGCCUUACUACCAUCCCCAUCAUUUUCUCCCAGGCAGCACUCUCUGCUCCCUUACCCAGGUCCCUACGUACCCCUGCCCCCACCCCUGCCCCCACAGCCUCUUCCCAUUCCCUGUCACACAACAAGAAGACCUCACUUCUUGCAGGGUUCCCAAGAUGCCUCAGACCUGUCUUUCCAGUCAGAUCAAUUCUUUAACCAUUCCCAUUCAGAUGGCCCCUCAUCUACCCAGGCAGGAUUUGACUUCGAAGGUGGAUUUAUGUUUGAUCACCAGCCUCCAAGGGUCCCUGAACACACACCCUAUCAUCAGCAGUGGGCCCCUGUGGUUCAUAGGGGUUUUCCCCAGAACGUACCUCAUGGCCCCUAUGCCCCCUGGAGACAGCCGCCCAAGUCUUACAGGAGACAGGCCCGAGCCCACCCCGAGCCAAGGCCUCAUUAGGCAGACUUGGGCCUUUUUCCUCUUCAGGGACAUGGACUUGACAGAUCAUCUGACUCUGCUUAACAGACUGAUCUUGUUAACAUAGCUGUUGACCCACACUUGGACUUCCUUUGGUCCUUUGCUGUUACCAGUGAUGGCAGGGAAGAGCGGCCUGACCCAACCUUGUUGGCCGUGGCCUCUUCCUCCACACUCUGGGGCUGACCAGGUGUUAUUCCUGCCGCUCAUGCACUCCCUGUUCUCUUUGUCUUUUUGUAAACAGAA